AUGGCGGCAAUUGAUACGACUCGAGGCCGGAUAGGCACCAACCCACAUAUCAACAAUCGGAAGGUUACAUUGAGCAGAAAUGAGAGAGAUGACUGUUGGUCACCCGUGCGUGCUGGAAAUGUAGCAAUGGUCCRAAUGCUAUGCGACUGCAUCAAAGCAGAAGGCAAGAAACUUCCCUUGAAAUCGAUGCUCCAAGUCGCAACUCAAGGAUCCAGCGUGGAGAUGCUUGAUUACCUCUUCUCAGAAGGCGCCAAGGUCGACAUGGACAUUGACUACAUCAUGCCCAUUCCCGGUGGUGAUCGACCCAUUGGAUUCUUCCGUCUGCUAACGAAACAUGGCUGGCCCAAAGGACCGCGCGGUUUGUCUGUCAAUCUCCAUCAUGGCUUCGAGGUCGUUCAGCUGAUCCUCGAACGCGGAUCUCGGGUUGGAUAUCUUUGCGUCAAAUCCGCUAUACGGAGCGGCGAUGUUCAAGUGGCGGAGUUACUGAUGAGCAGGAUCAAUCCCGCAGCAAAAGUACCAGACGCUUACGACAUGUCAAUGACUUUGGACGACGUCGAGAGAUGGUACGGCCCGGAGAUGAAUUCGGAACCACCAUCUGUGAAACGGAUCAUCAACGAGGCCGGUAUGCUACACAUGGCUGCUCUGGAUCAGAAUGCGGACAUGAUACGCUUUUUGUUGUCCAAGGGAGCAGAUGUAAACCAUGUGCCGUUACCCGAACAGUGUUGCCGUAGACCAAAUGGCACAGCUUUGCAUAAAGCUGUCAGUGGCUCUCUCCAAGGCAAAAUCUCGAAGCCUGAAGUCGUUGAAGCAUUGCUUCAUGCUCAGGCGGAUCCAUCUCUGACGGACGAAUUGGGCCGGACACCUAUCGAAAUCAACGACAAGUAUGGGAGUGACGACACAAAGGAGGUCAUUCGGAAGUUGUUGUUGGAAACCAUUGAUAAAAGAACUACAUGA